CUCUAUUUCAGGGAGGAAGGAAGAGUUCCGUUGAGACCUUUGCUGAUGAUGCAUUUGUGAUGGAGAGUGAGGAUGACAUCCCCAAUACGCAGCAGGUUGAUGAUCGGGUGCUCAAAGAUGUUGUUGCGUAUAUCGAAGUGAGAACCAAGACGGAGAACCGAUCCAAGGGAGUUUCUAAGCAAUUAGAGCUACUAGGUGCAAAGAUCGAGAAAAAGUUCACCAACGAUGUCACUCACGUGGUAUGGAAAGAUGGGAAGAAGUCGACAAGAGACAAGGCAGUCAAGAAGGGUGUCAGACUUGUGUCUGUACUCUGGGUUGAUAGUUGUAAGCAGAAUCAAGAACACGUUGCGGAAUCUCUCUUCCCCAUCUCUGCCCCCGAUGAUAAAGAUAUUCAGAUCGGCAAGUUAAAGCGAAUGAAAUCCAUGCAGCCGAAGGAUGUCGAGGAGGACGUACAGAGGAGUGCUGGGUGGGGUACAAGGAAGCGACGGGCGAGGGUACCCCACCAAUCACCAGCGCCCCUGACCAUCGUCAACCCGGCUAUCCUGGUAGCAGAAACACAGCCAAUGACACCAGUAACCGGUGAGGUUCCUCACACCCCAUCCCUCAUCCCUGAGACGCCCUCUUCCAUGAAGCCGUGUCUGGAUCUCUUGGAUAGUAUCAAGAAAGGAAAGGGAUCGGCAAAAAGGCGUGUGUCCAUCACCAACUCGCCCAACAUCUCUCCAUCCACGCCCCUCCGUCAAAGACUGUUCCAGUGCUUUACUGAGGAAGCCAACUCCUGCACGGAAUCUCCCAGUACCAGCGUGAAGCUCCACAAGUCAGGACCAGUGCGACGGCCAGCAUCCAGAAGGAAUCUUUUGGAGGAAGACAUUGAGAUGGAGUCUGAUACCCCCUCUGUGGAAUUGGAAGCGAAAAGCACAGUCCGAGGUCGUAGAAGUACAAUCACAAAUUAUAUUGCUAAACUUCCAGAGGGAGGAGAAAUUAAGGUUGGAACUGCAAGUAGCGCAGAAGCAACGAGAAGCAGUAGGAGAAGAAGCCAUGUGAUUGAAGCCACUCCUAGUAGUGAAGAAACAAAAUCUGGUUUGUCUCAUCCAGAAGUAGCAGAGAGCAGAAGGAGUCGAGGACGGAAGAGUACUCCAAGAGGUACGAAGCACCUUGAGGUUCAAGAAGAGAGACUCAACAAGCUUGGAGGGGAAGAAGCAGAGAUUAACGUGAAUGGUGGUGAUGCAAGUCAAAGCCAAGGAGGAGUAGGUGAGCCCAAGGUGCAGAUUAGCUCAUCCGGUCCAGGAAGUGGGGAGGAAAUAUACUCUAAGAAGGAGAGAAAAGGAAAGAGGGACGUUUCUCUGAAGCGUAAGCUUUCGCUAGAUGGUGAGGCAAGCACUUUAAAAGACGGAUCUUUGGGUUCAAAGAAAAAGAGAUCCAGUGGGUGCACAACUAGAAAUGAAUCAGUCAUUGUACUCACAGAUGAAAGUGAUCUAGAAAUAACUGAUGAGAGCAUGAUCUCCUCUGGCAUUUGUGCCAUUGAUGGUGGAACAAGGUCUGCAUUACACAAGAAAGAAUUAGCGAGAUUGCAAGAGGAUUGCAAAAGUUCUAGGAAAGGACUAUUGUCUCGAAAGAAACAGAAACAAACUUGCACCAAAGACACAAAUGAAAUUAAGAAGUCAACAGAGAAGAAUGGUGAUUCUGAUAUAUGCAAUGUAGCAAUCGCUUCAGUGAGUUCUUGUGGUACUGGGACUACUCGAGCAUCUACCAGGCGACGGUCAUGCUUACCUGCAUUUUCUGUGGAGCCUUCCACUAAAAAUGGAGAAGUAGAUCAGACUAGAAGGAGAAGCAACCGGAGGAAGAGUGUAACUCCACUCGUCAACUCACCAUCUAUCGCUGCUAACCUGAAACCUUUAAGAAUACAGUCAACCAGAGUCUCGGGUGAAAUACCAGCUUUUCCGAUGGAGCCUUCCACUGAAAAUGUAGAAGUAGAUCUGACUAGAAGGAGAAGCAACCGGAGGAAGAGUGUAACUCCACUCAUGAACCCACCAUCUAUCUCUGAUCACCUAAAACCUUUAAGAAUACAGUCAACCAGAGUCUCGGGUGAAAGACCAGCUUUCCCGGUGGAGCCUUCCACCGAAAUUGGACAGAUGGAUCAGACGAGAACGAGAAGCAACAGGAGGAAGAGCGUAACUCCGCUUGUCAACUCACCAUCUAUCGCUGAUCACCUGAAACCUAUGGUAAUACAGUCAACGAAAGUCUCUGGUGAAAAGUCUUCAAGACAAAGGACAAGAGAUGUUUCUGAAGGGACAUCUCCUUGUGGCAGUGCUACAAAUGAAGAGGAGGAAUGCGGUCCACAGACAAAAAGGAAACGGAAGGCAAGCUCUUGUGGAAAUUUGAGGAAGUCACUUUCUUCUGGAGGAUCACAGAAGUCCACCUUGGAGGAGUUGAAGGAGGAACCAUCAAAGGCUGAAGAGAAAGAAAAUCUGGAUAAAGAGAAUGCCUCACCCAUGGCUUUGGUCCAAAGAAUAGGAAGUCUGAGUGAAGAUGAUGAAAGAAAGAGGAAGCUUUUAUCCCCACUUGAUUUGACUUGUUCAUCUAUCCUCUCAUCCUUAGAAGUUCAGAACAGACCUAGCCUAGGAGAAUUCAAACCAGAAGGAUCAACGAGGUCUAAAUCUAACAGAUCAGCCUUGAAGUUGAAGAGUUCUGCAGAGGUCUUGUGCAAGAGCAGUGAAGGGAGUGUGGUAUCAACGUCUGAUGAUUUAGAUGAUGCAAGGAAAGAGAACAAAAGUGGAGCAACUACAGUGAAAGAAAAGAAAAAGAGAAAGAAAGUCACAAUGUCUGACAGCAUGCCAAGUAGAAAGAAGAAAUCAACAAUUGUCAUGACAAGUUUGCAUAGGAGUGACCAAGAGAUCGUCAUGGCCGUUGUGAAGGACCUAGGAAGGUUUUCCGUGACCGAUACGGUGUGUGACACCACUACCCACGUGGUGAUGGGAGAGAACCGGAGGACCCUCAACGUCCUCUCUGGCAUCGCAAGGGGAUGCUGGAUCCUCUCCAUGAACUGGGUAUAUCGAUCAAUAGAGGCGGGCUCAUGGCUCCCUGAGGAACCCUAUGAAAUGAACAUCCACUUUCCUGGUGCAAUGAUAUCAAGGCUGGCCCACGGGGCAGGAUCUGUGACCGAGACGUCGCCGGUGGAGAUUUUCUCGUCGUGCACUGCCCUCUAUGUUCCGCCGGAGAGCAAUCCUCCUCGGGAGAGGUUGGUAGAGCUGAUAGAGCUGUGUGGUGGUCGCAUCUCAAGGAAAGCCUCUGAUGCUAAGCUGUGUGUCGGAGGGAAUGGAAGGGGGAAGAGGGGAUCACCACCAGUCAUAGCUGAGAAAUGGAUUCUUGACUGUAUCACAAGAUUCAAGCUUCUUCCAUGGGAUCCAUACAGGCUGAAUAAAACGUGAGCAGACUGGUUUCUACAGGGUGCCCAGAAAGAGACAGAAUACCGUAAGGUGUAAUAAUCAACAGUGUCAUAUAACAGUGCCAGUGUAUAUUCAAUAAAUUCUUCAUCAUAAAAAAUAAUAAAGAUUUUUUUUUAGCUGUGGCACGUUGUCUCUCGUGAGGUAUAUUGCACAAGAUGAGGGGAAAUAAAUGAAUUGAAAGUAUUUUGGUAUUAUUGAGAAGGAUGUGUUAAAAGCUAGAAGCUAAAAGCUUUGUUCUGAUACCAGUUGCAGAGCUGUCACAUGCAACUUCACAACAGCUUUAUGAAACACCCACGAGCUCUAGACUCCAACUACUCAUAGAAUCUGUGGAUGCUUACCAAGGAUGCAGUAUUAUGAUAUGUACUACUACGAUUCACGAUCCCUACAUUAAAAGAUUAUGGAUGAACCGCUUUUAAUCGGUGCACACAAGGUGUGGUCUAUAGGCGUGGUAACAUAUCCUUGUAACUUGUAUUUUUUUAAAAGUAGGCAUCGUUUUCGUUUUGAUUGAGAUGUUUUCCAUUCUGAAUGACUUUUAAAAUCAGAAUGAAACUUGCGUGAAAGAAAAAUUCAAGCGUUAAAAGAAUGUCAUCGAAGUCAAAAUAUCAAACUUGCAAACAGAGGUGUAAAACGUGAACACAAUUUUAUUAUAAAAACAAACUCUUGCAAAGGUAUUAACAUUCAAGACAUAAACACUUAGACACAAAAUUAAAGGCAAUAAUUUUAGUUGCCCUGCAGAAACCGACUCCCCUCCACUAGUCGUACGACAAAAUUUACUGUUUGAACCACCCCCCCCCCCAAAAAAAAAAUACAUAUAUAUACAUAUAUACUUCAAGCGUCAUUCUGGUGUGAAUUUGUUGGAGAAUAACAUAUCAAAAGUCUCUAAAAGUCUAGAGUAAGGAACGUGUGAAAAUAAGGGGGCAACGUUUGUACAGAUGUGUAAAAGAUUCAAGAUUCAAGAUGUAUUUAUUCAAUUUUCGCAGCCUGCAUGGAGUCCUGAAUUGCCAUUGAAUUUACAAUAAUGUUACAAGAAAAACAUGCCAUUAUGAAUAUCAAUUUACAAUACAAAAUUUCAAUUAACAAUAACAAUUUCAAUUAACAAUAAUUUAAAUUAACAAUAACAAUACUUUAAAGUAACUAAGUCACAGGGGCCUGGUCUUACAAGCUCUGCUUUUUUUGCAUGUCCCUCGGUUUUAAUAUAUUCAACAAAUAUAUUCCUAUAUAUAUUCAACAAUUUCAAUUAACAAUAACGAUUUCAAUUACCAGUAACAAUUUCAUUUAACAAUUGAAUUAAUUACAAAGCAGCAAAAGAUGAUUCAAGUGUAUACAAAAUCAGGAAUUUGAAACUAUUAGAGUGGUAACAGCAGUGGAGGCGAGAGCAAGAAAAAAAAAGUGUGCAAUUUGAUGAAGCAUUUU